GCUGGGAAGAUGGCUGGCGUGGGAAUGGUGGCUGCGGGUGCUGGGGUUCUGUGUUGGAGGUGGGGCUUGACGGCAGUCUCCUUCGGCUUCCACCGAGGCCUCAGCGCGGUACUUGCACGGAGGUCCGACGGGGUGCCACGGUGGCUCCCAGCUUGCAGACAAAAGGCAUCAAUCUCUUUCCUUAGUCGACCAGAUCUUCCAAACCUGGCUUAUAAGAAACUAAAAGGCAAAAGUCCAGGAAUUAUCUUCAUCCCUGGCUAUAUUUCUAAUAUGAAUGGUACAAAGGCAUUGGCGAUUGAGGAGUUUUGCAAAUCUCUAGGUCACGCCUAUAUAAGGUUUGAUUACUCAGGAGUUGGGAAUUCAGAUGGUAACUUACAAGAAUGUACAGUGGGAAGAUGGAGAAAAGAUGUUCUUUCUAUAAUUGAUGAAUUAGCUGAAGGACCACAGAUACUAGUUGGAUCUAGCCUUGGUGGGUGGCUUAUGCUUCAUGCUGCAAUCGCACGGCCACAAAAGGUUGUGGCUCUUAUUGGUGUGGCCGCAGCUGUGGAUGGCCUGGUGACAAAGUUUAAUCAGCUUCCUGUUGAGGUAAAAAAGGAAAUAGAGAUGAAAGGUGUCUGGAGCAUGCCAUCAAAAUACAAUAAAGAGGGGGUUUACCAUAUGCAGUACAGCUUCAUUAAAGAAGCUGAACACCACUGCCUUUUACAUAGCCCCAUUCCUGUGAACUGUCCUCUGAGGUUGCUGCACGGCAUGGAGGACGACGUGGUUCCGUGGCAUACGUCCAUUCAGGUUGCUGACCGAGUAGUCAGCACAGAUGUAGACGUCAUUCUUCGAAAACACAGUGAUCACCGCAUGAAGGAAAAAGCAGACAUUCAACUUCUUGUUUACAGUAUUGAUGACUUAAUCGACAAGCUUUCAACUGUAGUUAACUAGAAUCCCAUCAUUAGUUGUAUGUAACCAGUGGACCCAGAGAUUGAGGGAGAGAUAGCACGUGAAAGACCCUGACACUUAGAAGGUUUUUUCCACUUACCACUAUUUUGGAAAUAUCACAUGAGGUUUUAUUUAAUGAUGUCUUUGCACAUAAGUGAUACAAAUUGUGAAGAAAAUACAGUUAUCUUGUAUGUUCCAGGGAUUGGUUCCAGGACACCCCCAGCUCUUGGAUACCAGGAUUUGAAGAUGCUCACAUCUGUUAUAGAAAAUGGCAUAGUAUGUGCAUAUAACCUACACACAUACUCCUGUAUGCUUUAAAUCACCUCUGGAUUAUUUAUAAUACCUAAAAUAAUGUAAAUGCUAUGUAAAUAGUUGUUAUGCAGUAUUGUUUAAGGGUCAACAUUUUGGAGUCCUUUUUUUCUUUUUUCCUUUAAGCAUUUGUGACCUGUGGUUAGUUGAAUCCAAGAAUAGGGAACUCGUAGCUACAGAAGGUCGGCUGUACCAGCUGCUGAAGAAUUGGAACGUCCUCCUCUUCCUUCAGUCCCUGAUUCCUUUUUUUCAUUAAUAUGUUUCCUAUUUUUUUUAUUCAAGAGAUGUUUAACUUCUAGUGCUUUAGUUAACUGCCAGCUUUUAAUUGUGUUCUUUUUAGAACUAUUAAUAAAGCUUAAAAUUUUUGUAUUUUGUUUGGUAUCAUUAUAUGUAGAAAUUUGUAAAAUUCUGAUUGUAAAAUGCAGUUCACAAAAUAUGGGAAAAUAAAUCUGAAGUGAUUAAGGAAAUGUCUGAAGCAUAAUAAAGUUUGAAAAAUAAAGAUAGUA